UCCAUCCAAGAGGAAAGAUGAAGUUUGUAACACCAUAUAUCCUAGCAGUCUUCUUGCAAAGUGACCUUUUAGUUUAUGGCUCUACUCUGUUUGAUAGGUCAGAUGUUCUGGAACUACCAAUCGCUGGAAAUUUGGAAUCACGUGAACAACUACCUGAAUCAACGCUUGUUUAUAAUGUCACUGGAAAGGUAGAUGAGAAGGGCAUGUGCAGUUGUUCUGUGCACAUGCCUGAUAAUACUUUUCCUGUUGUAAGAAUGGAAAAUCUUGAAAUCACUGCCAACGCGCUUUCAGUGAAGGUGGAAAGAGAGAUUUCAAAGAUUAUUGAUUAUAGAAAAUCAAUAGAAUUCUAUGAACAAAGAAUUAGAAACCUAACCACCAAGGUUGAAAAAAUGGAGAAAACUAGUAUUUCAUACACAGAAUUGGACUUUGAGUUACUAAAAAUGGAAAUCAUUGAAAUGGAAAGACUGGUGUCUCAGCUGAAAACAUCUGUAGCUGAUGGAAAUGUCAUUGUGGAUCAGUUAUAUGCAGAGAUUAGGAAUAUGACUGUGAUGGUACAUCAGCUAGAAAAGCUAGAUAAGAACAAUGUUCUUGCAAUCCGCCGAGAAAUUGUUGCUCUAAAGAAUCGUUUGAAGGAAUGUCAAGAGCACAGCGGUAGAGAGAAUGCAUAUAUCCCUGAUGGUAUCUGUGGUCAUGGAGGCCUUGUGAAUAUCAGCAAGCCUUUUGUGACACAGCUCAACUGGAGAGGGUUUUCCUUUAAAUAUGGAGCCUGGGGAAGAGAUUUUUCUGUUCAUAGCAAAGACAAAUCUGUCUACUGGGCUGCUCCACUGAAUACUGAUGCAAGAUACCUGGAGUAUUAUCGAUUGUACAACAGUUACGAUGAUUUACUUCUGUACAGACAUUUCAGAGAAAACAGAGUAGAGUAUGGUCAAGGCAGUGGUCAUGUGGUUUAUGAUGGUUUCCUUUUUUAUAACUGUCAUGCUUCAGGAGAUAUGUGCAAACAUGAUAUAAAUGGAAACAAACUGGUUCUUAGGAGAAACCUCCCAGGUGCUUCGUUUAACAAUCGUUUCUCUUAUGCUGGUAUACCUUGGCAGGAUAUUGAUUUUGUUGUGGAUGAGAAUGGUUUGUGGGUCAUUUAUUCCACCGAGGCCAGUACAGGUAACAUUGUAAUCAGCAAGCUCAAUGACACAACACUUACAGUGGAAAAUACAUGGCAAACGAGGCAGUAUAAACCUGCGGUGUCCAACGCAUUCAUUAUCUGCGGAGUUCUAUAUGGUGUCCGGCCUGUGAACACUAGGAAAGAAGAAAUAUUUUAUGCAUUUGAUACAAAAACUGGUCAGGAGAUCACACUCAGUAUAAUGAUUGAUAAGGUUUUAGAAACCAUUCAAAGUAUCAACUAUAGCCCUUAUGACCACAAGCUAAUGGUAUAUAAUGAUGGUUAUAUGAUCUCCUAUGAUUUACAAUUUAAGUCACUGGCAAGCUAAGUGUUAACAGACCAUGAUAAUGGGCGUAACGUUCACCCAAUAUCUCAUGUAUGCAUUAGGCGACUAUAUAACCUAAAUGUUAAACAAAAACGUGAUUCUCUUCCUGAUCACACCUGUGGAAAGUGUUUUAAUGCAUAUGUAGAGGAUUCACAAAUGCAGACAAUACACUGGGUGGAUAUGUCAAUGAUUUCAUCCAUGCAGAGUCCUA